CUUCCAUUUGUAAUAAAAACACAACAGCGUCCUUCGCUUCCACGCGUUCUUUCUUCUGUAGCUAAACCUCCAUCACUUUCCUGGGAAAAUUCAAGGGAAAAUUCACCUAGGAAAAUCGAAUUCGAAAAAUUAGGGUUUCUGGUUAUUUACUGAAUAAUAAUAAAAAUGUCUCAGACGGGGAAAUUAAUGCCUAAUCUCGACCAACAUAGCACCAAAGUCCUCAAUCUCACCGUGCUUCAGAGAAUCGAUCCCUUCAUCGAAGAGAUUCUGAUCACCGCUGCUCAUGUCACUUUCUACGAGUUCAAUAUCGAGAGCAAUCAAUGGAGUCGCAAAGACGUUGAAGGAUCUCUCUUUGUGGUCAAGAGGAAUACUCAACCUCGGUUUCAGUUCAUUGUUAUGAAUCGGCGUAACACAGAUAACCUAGUGGAGAACCUAUUGGGAGACUUUGAGUACGAAGUUCAGGUUCCAUACCUCUUAUACCGAAAUGCAGCUCAAGAAGUUAAUGGCAUUUGGUUUUACAAUCCACGUGAAUGUGAAGAAGUUGCAAAUCUCUUUACAAGGAUACUUAGUGCAUACUCGAAGGUUCCUUCAAAGCCAAAAGUAUCUUCAAGCAAAAGUGAGUUUGAGGAACUUGAGGCAGUCCCAAGCAUGUUAGUUAUGGAGGGCCCACUGGAACCAUCAUCAACAGUAUCCACUGCUACUGAUGCCCCUGAAGAUCCUUCUUUUGUUAACUUUUUUAGUGCAGCAAUGAAUAUUGGAGGUGGUGCUUUGAAUGCAGCAAAUUCAAGACAAACCUAUCACUCUUCUAAUGUUGUCUCUCAACCUUCAUAUGCUCCCAGUGUCGCGUCCACUCCUGCACCACCCACUCCACAAGCUCCAGCUCUUCCUCUUUCAGCUUCUUCUACACCAAUCCCCCUUCAUGGCACCUCGGAUCCAAACAACAACAGCAUUCUUGUUACUAAUACUAAUCUUGUUAAGCCGUCCUCUUUUUUCCCACCACCUUCUUCUUCAUCUUCAUUGAUGAUGCCACCUAUUUCUUCGCCCAUGCCAAACUUUGCUGCUCUUCAUGCUCCUCCAAAUCUGCAACGUACAUAUGGCACUCCAUUGCUGCAACCCUUUCCACCACCCAAUCCACCCCCAUCUCUAACUCCUAGCCCAUCACUUCCUGUUGCUAGUGAUGGGCUCUUUAUUACCAGAGACAAAGUUCGUGAUGCCCUUCUUGUGCUUGUUCAGGAUGAUCAAUUCAUUGAUAUGUUCCACCGAGCCCUGCAGAAGGUGCACCAAUCAUGAGUCUAAUUCAAGAACCAGUGGGCUUUCGAUCUACAGAUUAUGUUGGGGAAGAAAACAAUGAAAAAUUAGUUCUCUGUACAGAAUGCCGGCGGAACAUCCUCAAUAACAUUAAAGCUUCUCUCUUUUUGGAAAAACCAUCGUAGAUGAGGAAAAAAUGGCUUUGAAAGACUUGAAGGAUGGUGUCUACUUGGUUUGUCUUGAUAACAGAAUCUCCCCCGUCAAUAACAUUUGUAACGGUAGAGCUAUUCCAAUUCUAAGCGCCUUAGGUGUAAGAUGCUAUUUAGAUUGUUUUGGUUUUAUAUUUCUUGUGUCCAUAUUAUAUGUCUUGGAGAAACUUGAGACAGUGAGCAAGGUUUAGGUGUGGAAGCUUUAGCCAGCAAGAGUUUUUCUGACUGGUAUUGAUUUCUUAUACGAUGAUGGGUUUACUUCAUAUAUUUUCUGGACAUGACUGGAGCUAAUGCAAUAUGUGCAGAACAUUCACGUUGCCAAUUA